CGGAAGCCGGGCCAUUCUCGCGAGGCCGGGCGGAGCGGAGCCGGCAGGGCCUGUACACCGUGGAGGUCGUUGGUGUCACCUGCCUCCGCCAGCUCCUUUGCCUGCCGGUCCGCGCCCCUCCCGCUACAGCCAUGCUGUCCGCCCUCGCCCGCCCUGCCGGCGCCGCUCUCCGCCGCAGCUUCAGCACCUCAGCCCAGAACAAUGCUAAAGUAGCCGUGUUAGGGGCUUCUGGAGGAAUUGGGCAGCCCCUUUCGCUUCUCCUCAAGAACAGCCCCUUGGUGAGCCGCCUGACCCUCUACGACAUUGCUCACACACCUGGAGUGGCUGCAGAUCUGAGCCACAUCGAGACCAGAGCAGCUGUGAAAGGCUACCUCGGACCUGAGCAGCUGCCAGACUGCCUGAAAGGUUGUGAUGUGGUGGUUAUUCCUGCAGGAGUCCCGAGAAAACCAGGCAUGACACGGGAUGAUCUGUUCAACACCAAUGCCUCCAUCGUGGCCACCCUGACCGCUGCCUGCGCCCAGCAUUGCCCCGAGGCCAUGAUCUGCAUCAUUUCAAACCCGGUUAACUCCACCAUCCCGAUCACGGCGGAAGUUUUCAAGAAGCAUGGAGUAUACAACCCCAAUAAAAUCUUCGGGGUGACAACCCUGGACAUUGUCAGAGCCAACACUUUUAUUGCAGAACUGAAGGGUUUGGAUCCAGCUCGAGUCAAUGUUCCUGUCAUUGGCGGCCAUGCUGGGAAGACCAUCAUCCCCCUGAUCUCUCAGUGUACUCCCAAGGUGGACCUACCCCAGGACCAGCUGACAGCCGUCACUGGGCGGAUCCAGGAGGCCGGCACGGAGGUGGUGAAGGCCAAAGCUGGAGCAGGCUCUGCCACCCUGUCCAUGGCAUACGCCGGAGCCCGGUUUGUCUUCUCCCUCGUGGAUGCCAUCAACGGAAAGGAAGGAGUUGUCGAAUGUUCCUUCGUUAAAUCCCAAGAAACAGACUGUCCCUAUUUCUCCACACCUUUACUGCUGGGGAAAAAGGGCAUCGAGAAGAACCUAGGCAUCGGCAAGAUCUCUCCUUUCGAAGAGAAGAUGAUCGCCGAAGCCCUCCCUGAGCUGAAGGCCUCCAUCAAGAAAGGAGAAGAGUUCGUGAAGAACAUGAAAUGAGAGGGCAGCUGGUGAGCGGUCCGCGUCCCUAACUUAUGAAGGCAUCAUGUCCCUGUAAAGCCGUCUCACACCCCUUCGUGUUUCAGUCGCGUUACCCACGAAUGUUGUGUUAACGUUGCUGCCCCUUCCAAAUCGUGGGUCCGUCUGUGGGUGCCUCAAUAAAAGCAGGCUCUGAAUUUCUUUA